AUGAUAGAGAUAGUGAGCAAGCUGUUCAAAAUGGGUGAAAUUUCAAGCAGAGUAAUGAACAUGAAGUUCAUGAGAAACAUAGGUACUGAUUCCGACAUUGUAAAUGAAGAGCGACCUAUAAACGGCAAAGAUGAUUCUGAAUGGGCCUCACCGAUAUCAUCACAGAUCAUGAAAAACAGCAGGAAGCUAAGGUCGGUUCGAUCUAUAGGACAUGCAUCUAUAAAUACAUUAGAUGAUACUGACAAUUUAGAUGAAGCUUAUACUGCGACUCACAUACCUGUGAAAAGAGUCUGGAACAGUACCUCCCAACCCUCAUUAGAUGAUAAACUGUCAGAACAUGACAAGCUAGAAGUAAGUAAGAUAUUAGUUUAA